CCGCACCGUGACUCCAACUUGAACGUGUCCGUGCUUGCCAUGAACAUAUCCCAACGAUGAGUUGUAAUUAUGGCACCGAGGAAGAUUCUCUUGUAUCCCAGGCCCCAGGCACCCUUCAAAAUCUCGCGGCAGAAAAUGAAGAUGAGAGGGCGGCAAACUGUGCUAGCUUUCGGUCACACGGAGUACAAGGGGAAGCACAAAGAAGUUGUCGAGGCUGCUACUUCUGGAUUGGAUGUCUUUGUAUUAGCGCCGACGGGGAUGGGCAAGUUCGGCAUCUCCAUCAUAGUUUCACCACCACUGGGUCUGUCAAACCUACCAAUUAAGAAGUAUCAAGUUUGCGUCGCAAAGGACUCCCUGCCGUCUCUUGGACGUCGCACACACCGAAGGGUGAACAAGACCAGAUUAUUGAAGACCUCGAAUCAGGGAGCCCACAAACUCGUCUUCUAUAUAGGCGAACUCAACAGACUGGCUGUGGACGAGGCCCACUGCAUCUCUGAGUGGGGCCACGACUUCCGUGAGGAAUAUCGCAAGUUGGGCUCUUUUCGGGAACGAUUUCAUGGAGUGCCCAUUAUGGCCCUCACAGCAACAGCAACCCCGAGAUUGUUUACCGCUUCGCACCCCUUUAAUCGCGCUAACUUAUUCUAUGACAUCAAAUACACUGCGGCGCUCGACUCCCUGUCUCGUAUACCAGCCGUAUACGAUUUUGUAAUGAUCCUACACCGUCGUCGGGCCCGACCAAGCUCCGGGAUCAUCUACUGUCGUGCCCGCCUGGCAUGUGACGAACUAUCGGCCUUUCUAAGGGCAAAGGGCAUCAGUGCCAGGCCAUAUCAUCGCGGGAUUAGGAAGUUGAGCGAAUGGGAAGCAGGUGGAAAUGGUGAUGGCGGUGUUGAUGUGGUGUUUGUGCAACCAUCGCUUUUGGAAUGGGGAUUGAUAAAAGCGACGUUCGGUCAGCUCUACUUUCCUCAGCAAGAGGUGUUGCUCAACUCAUCAAGAUCCUCGAAGAUCUCAGAAACAUAA